AGCCUUAUUUAUUACACACCAAAGUAUAAAACCACCCCGCCGGCUGCAGCUCUCAUCUGCAGCCCUGGCAUUUGCCCGAGGAGACCAGGCGCCUGGAGCCCCCACCGUCUGCCCAAGGAGGCUCUGUGGCUCUCUUGAGAAUCAUGCUCCGGAGACAGCUCGUCCRUUGGCACCUGUUGGCUUUGCUUUUCCUCCCUUUUUGCCUGUGUCAAGAUGAAUACAUGGAGGUGAGCGGAAGAGCUAAUAAAGUGGUGGCGAGGAUAGUGCAGAGCCACCAGCAGACUGGCCGUAGCGGCUCCAGGAGGGAGAGAGUGAGAGAGCGGAGCCAUCCUAAAACUGGGACUGUGGAUAAUAACACUUCUACAGACCUAAAACCCCUGAGACCAGAUGAGCUACCACACCCCGAGGUAGAUGACCUAGCCCAGAUCACCCGGUUCUGGGGCCAGCCUCCACAAACCGGAGGACUGCCCCCAGACUGCAGCAAGUGUUGUCAUGGAGACUAUGGCUUCCGUGGCUACCAAGGACCCCCUGGGCCCCCAGGCCCUCCAGGCAUUCCAGGAAACCAUGGAAACAAUGGAAAUAAUGGAGCCACUGGCCAUGAAGGUGCCAAAGGUGAGAAAGGAGACAAAGGUGACCUGGGACCUCGAGGGGAGCGAGGACAGCAUGGCCCCAAAGGAGAGAAGGGCUAUCCCGGGGUUCCACCAGAACUGCAGAUUGCAUUCAUGGCUUCUCUGGCCACUCACUUCAGCAAUCAGAACAGUGGAAUUAUCUUCAGCAGUGUUGAGACCAACAUUGGAAACUUCUUUGAUGUCAUGACYGGUAGAUUUGGGGCCCCUGUAUCAGGUGUGUAUUUCUUCACCUUCAGCAUGAUGAAGCAUGAGGACGUUGAGGAAGUGUAUGUGUACCUUAUGCACAAUGGCAAUACCGUCUUCAGCAUGUAUAGCUAUGAAACAAAGGGGAAAUCAGAUACAUCCAGCAACCAUGCUGURCUGAAGCUGGCCAAAGGGGAUGAGGUCUGGCUGAGAAUGGGCAACGGUGCCCUUCACGGGGACCACCAGCGUUUCUCCACCUUUGCAGGCUUCCUGCUGUUUGAAACUAAGUAAACAGAUGCAUAGAACAGCUUUUCUUUGAGAAAGAUUUAUAACUGAGCUGGAAUUGUUAUGGGUAUAACAAACAUUAAAGUUGAGGGUUCUACAUGCUGUUUUUUUUAAAAAAAAAUGUAUUGGUUACACAGCUACACCAACAAUMCUGGAUGACUCAGGGCUCAGAAGAAUACACCACAAAGUAGUCUUCUCAGAUGACCCUGAUGAAUAUAUUCAGCACUUUUAUCACUCUUCCCUAGGCAAUUAAGAGGGAAUUGUUCAUGUUGCAGGUUGGAAAUAAUUGUCCCCAUCAGAGGAAUCAUUUACAAAGAGUUUGGUGCUCUGUUUUUAGUAGUAGUUUUCAAGAAUCCCUGAAAUUUCCAGYUCAUUAUUCUUUGMCAAUGAUCAUGAUGUGGCUGGGGCAAGAAUAGGAACACUUG